UGCGAAUUCUAAUUAUGCGUGUAAAUUUGGCAAUACAGCUCAUAUUACAGCUGUCCCAUUUCUCCCAACAAAAAGUAGUCCGCCCACCUGUUUUUUUUUACCAUUUCAUAUAGCAACACGUUAUAUUGUGGACAGUUUCUAUAGUGAGUGAAGUGUUAAAAACUUUAGUUAAAAGUGGUGUAAUUGACGUGAUGUCUAAACAAGUCGUGAAGCUACUAAAUUUUUCCCAAAAAAAUUCAAAAGUGAAAAUGUUUUGUGUUUCCUCGUUGGAUGAGCUGCUAUUGAAAGGUGCUACUGCAUUUGCCUUAAACGGAAUUUGUGAAAUCGUUACAAGCUCAGAAGACAUUCUUUCGGACGACGAAGUUUUGUUUAUGCUGAAUAGUCAAUCGGAGUUUCUCUAUAUUCGAUUAAGUCAAUCUGAAAAUGACGGACAACAGAGUAACGAGACCGUAAAAGAGGCCGGGCAUCAGAGUAUUAUCGAGGCCGGGCAACAGAGUAAAGAAACCGGACAGGAGAAUAACGAGGUAGAGCAACAGAGUAACGAGACUGGACAGGAGAAUAACGAGGCGGGACAAGAGAGUAACAUGGCAGCGUGUUUCCCCGUUGAUGAUAUUCUUAAACAAGGAAGAAUUGGUGUUAAAGGAGAUACAGCUAUUGAAAUAAUCGACCGACUCAAAGCAGUGGACUACCCCAAAAGUCGUUGCCUUGACAAAGAUCACUUUUUUCUUGUUAAGGCCACUGGAACUUGGUUGAUGAAAAAUUGUGAAAAACGCGAAAAUUUCCCUACAUUCAACGAAAUUUUAAAGAUGGCCAAAUCAAUUGUCUCUUUCUUUCCAUCAGCUGGUAGUUUCAACACUGAAUCACCGUGGGAUUUGUUUUUUGACGAUAAAACUCGCAAAGGUUCGUUAGAGUCCUACAUGAGGGGGAAACGAACAAGGAAGCAGCUUUCAGAUAAACGUUCAAAUAAGCGGCCCAAAACAGUCUUUUUGUGUCCUGAGGGGGAUUCUUAUACGGAAGAUGAAAUAAGGGAAGGAGAGGAGUUCAUGAGAUUUACACAAUUAGAUUCCAAUGACACAAGAAACCCCAAUUGCAGCGAAAUGCUUCGUUUGAUGAAAGUAACGUAUGAAAGCCGCCGGGCUUUCUUACAAAAUGGAUGCAAGGUUGACGCAUCUGUAUUUUUGAUCAAAUAUCCUCGUCUUAAGGACAUGCCUGAAGCCGUAAGAGACGAAUUUUUUCGUUUAAAAGGGAGUACUUUGGAAACUUUUGCUUCAAAUUGGCGGAAAGCAGAAUGUAAAAUAAUAGAAUUUUGUAAACAGAAAUUUACGAAGAGUUUAGCCGUCUUAGAUAUCUUAAGGAAGGCAGAGGAAGCUGAAGAAAACUUUGAUAUUCCUGGACGCAUGAAAUGUGUCUUAAAGUUGACACUGCAUGCAGCAGCCAAUACGCAACCGUCCCAAAACAAAAAAGGAUCAACUGCUGACGGAUGGAAUCUUCUGUACCAGUCAUUCAAUGCAAGUUACAUCAUUAAGUACAUUUUUAAUGUGUGUUUCCCAGUCUAACGAUUUCUAAUAACUAUAGGAAAUUCUUCUUCCGGAGGAGGCUGCAAAUCGUGCUAGCGACAUGGAGUUGCCUGGUGUCUUGGACAUAAAUGGGGCAUAUUACAUCAAGAUCAACAAUUCGGCUGUAGCUCUUACUGAAACGAAAUCUUUUGAACAAUCAGUGGGUUAUUUGCUAAUGUACUAUCACAUCCUAGACAUCAAUUAUCCUUCAAAAUUGAAAUUUGUUUAUGGAUUUCUUGAAACUAUGUUUGAAAUUGUCCCCUCAAUGAAUCCAUCCAAAAAAAUGAAAGAUUUGUGUUCCUUUGUUUUCAAUUGAAGUAUAUGUACUUUUGUCUAAAAUAAAGUGACAUAUUAUAGC